UUCCGGCCAAGUGCCUGUUGGCAGGAGCCAGGUUGACGUCGGGUCUGGGGGUGCUCGUAGGUGGCAGUAGUUCAAGCCGGAGUUGGGGAAAAGCCCGAGCUGAGGAGACGCCAUGGACGACCAGGGCUGCCCCAGGUGCAAGACCACCAAAUACCGGAACCCUUCUCUGAAGCUGAUGGUGAACGUGUGCGGACACACUCUGUGUGAGAGUUGUGUGGAUUUACUGUUUGUAAGAGGAGCUGGGAACUGUCCUGAGUGUGGCACUCCACUGAGAAAGAGCAACUUCAGGGUGCAGCUCUUUGAAGAUCCCACUGUUGACAAGGAGGUUGAGAUUCGGAAAAAAGUACUAAAGAUAUACAAUAAAAGGGAAGAAGAUUUUCCUAGUCUGAGAGAGUAUAAUGAUUUUCUGGAAGAAGUGGAGGAAAUCGUCUUCAACUUGACCAACAAUGUGGAUUUGGAGAACACUAAAAAGAAAAUGGAAAUAUAUCAAAAGGAAAACAAAGAUGUCAUUCAGAAAAAUAAGUUAAAGCUGACUCGGGAACAGGAGGAACUGGAGGAAGCAUUGGAGGUAGAACGACAAGAAAGUGAGCAACGAAGACUGUUUGUACAAAAGGAAGAGGAGCUGCAGCAGAUCCUGAAAAGGAAGAACAAGCAGGCCUUUUUAGAUGAGCUGGAGAGCUCUGACCUCCCUGUUGCUCUGCUCUUGGCUCAGCAUAAAGACAGAUCUACCCAGCUGGAAAUGCAGUUAGAGAAGCCCAGAUCCAUGAAGCCAGUGACAUUUUCCACGGGCAUUAAAAUGGUAUUUGAACCAUGUCCGAGCAGCAUCUCCACAGGAUCUUGCUGGCGGCUAUACUUCUUCCCUUGCGUGCCACAGAGCGCUCCAGGAUGCAUUCAGUGGGCUUUUCUGGCAGCCCAGAUAACGUGCAUUUUCUCAUUUAUAAGAUCUGGAUCUUGGAGCCAAACCAAGGGGCUUGAAAGUAAAGAGAUUUGUGACAUCCCAGUUCGCGCAGCCGCACAGCGGCACCGCCUCUAGUUGCUGUGUCAAGUGUUAUUACAGUCUGGACCGAGCUGAGAAAUGUGCUGCAUAUGGAGUCACGGAAGAGAUUUAUUUUUUACUUCUAUUCUUCGGAGACAGAGCGAAGCAUUGAGCCUCAUCUGAUAGGAAAGAAAUAAAUGAUUUGCCUAUGUAUGGAGUUGGCUUAUGACAUUUUUUAAAAAUAAAGCUUGACUUUAUGGUA